ACAAAAUCAAAUUUCCGCUAUUUGAUUCCCUCCGCUCCAGUUUCCUUCCCCAUCCAAUUUUUGCCGUUCGUGUUACAAUGACGAACGCCAUGGGUCCUCCUCCAGUAAACCCUAACUUAGGUGCAAACCCAGUUACCAAAUCCGCUGAUGAACUCGUUCCUCCUCCUCCUUCUCCGCAUCCUUCUUCUGGAGGUGCAUCGAAGUCUGUUAUGGGUCCUCCUCCUCCCAAAAUUCCCGACGCUUCGAAGCCUAAUUCGGUCCAGGCCGAUUUGAAUUCUGCAGAAGGCCAGCCGCAGUCUGAGACGGCCCCUGAAUCUAUCGAGAAAAGCCCGGAAAGCUCUUCGGGUUACGUAAGUGAGAAGUCUUCAACUCCGAAGCAACCUCAAAGCGUAGGGGUUCCAUAUAAAAUUCCUGCUUGGGGUGGAGCUCCUUGCCAUGAGUUCUAUCUUGAGGUUCUCAAGGAGGGUUGUAUUAUUGAUAAACUUGACGUCUAUGAGAAAGGGGCCUACAUGUUCGGGCGAUUAGACCUCUGUGACUUCUUACUUGAGCAUCCAACUAUUUCCAGGUUUCACGCAGUUAUCCAAUUCAAGAGAAGUGGGCAAGCAUAUCUCUAUGACCUUGGGAGCACUCAUGGUACCUUUUUGAACAAGAAUCAGGUGGAGAAAAACACAUAUAUUGACUUGCAUGUUGGUGAUGUCAUUAAGUUUGGACGGUCAUCUCGUCUGUUCAUCUUCCAAGGACCAUCUAAUUUGAUGCUUCCAGAAACUGAUGCGAAAAUCAUGGGACAAUUCAAGAUGUGUGAGCAAAUUGUAGAUCAGGAAGCUUCACUUCAGCGGGCUAGAUUGGAAGCAUCCCUUGCUGAUGGCAUUUCAUGGGGUAUGAGCGAGGAUGCUAUUGAAGAAGAUGAGGAUGAUUCUGAUGAAGUAACAUGGCAAUCAUAUAAAGGACAGCUCACUGAAAAGCAGGAAAAAACUCGUGAAAAAAUUACAAAAAGGAUGGAAAAGAUUGCUAACAUGAAGAAAGAAAUCAAUGCUAUACGCGUUAAAGACAUUUCUCAAGGUGGAUUAACACAGGGUCAACAGACUCAGAUUGCUCGGAAUGAGCAAAGAAUAACUCAGAUGAUGGAAGAACUUGAAAACUUGGAAGAAACGCUAAACGAUAGCAUUAGGGAAAGUGUUGGUGCACGUAGUGGGAAGUUAUCCGCUGGGAAGAAGAAAGGUCCUGUUGAAGAUGAAGUGGAAUAUUUGAGUGAUGAUGAUGAAUUUUAUGAUCGGACAAAGAAAAGGCCUACACACCAGAAGGCUGAUGGCAGCCAAUCAAUUGAGACUGCUGAUACUCUUCUGGACAAAAAGGAGGCAAUCAUCAAGGAAAUGUGCGAGAAGAAAGAGCUGUUUUCAAUAGAGAAAAACAAAAUGCCUUCAGCAAGUGAGAUACAGGAUGAAGUUGGCGACACACUUGAUGCAUACAUGUCAGGGCUUUCAUCUCAACUUGUAUAUGAUAAAAGUGUUCAACUGGAGAAGGAUUUGUCAACACUGCAGUCUGAGCUUGAUAGGAUUUGCUACCUUCUGAAGAUUGCUGACCCAUCAGGAGAAGCUGCCAAGAAGAGGGAGUUGAAAGCACAUGAACGCAAGCCUAGCCAAGCUGAGGAAGCUGUCCCUAUCGUUAAGAAGAAACAAACUAUGGAGUCCCAGAGAAGUGGUGAGACGUGUGCGAAAGAAGACAAGAAGAAACUGCCUGCAGAAAUCCGGAGAAAUGCUGAGCCUUCUGGUAAAGCGGAUGUGGCAAUGAGCUUGGAUAAGUCAGAAGGCAGCUCUGCCAAAAUGGAUGAUGAGAAUGUCGUGUACUCUAUGCCAAAGCCCCAAUGGCUUGGAGCUCUAGGGGAUAGGGUUACUAUUGACAGCCAACAAAAUGCAGAUGCGUUGGAUCUACAUGAGAUGGAUGUUGAGUCUGAACCAUUUAUUGAUUACAAGGACAGGAACAAAAUUUUGGGCACUAGUGGUGAUGCGAAGGCAAUAGAAGAAUCUAAUAUUGAGUCUGCUGCUCCUGGUUUGAUUUUAAGAAAACGAAAGCUAGUUGAGAAAUCUGAAGCAAAUGGACAAGAUGCCUCUCAGCAACUGGCAUCUUCCUUCGUGGGCCCAGAACUUGGAGUUGAGGAUGCUGUGGCACUAUUGUUAAAGCAUAAAAGGGGAUAUUAUGCUAGUGAUGAGGAGAGAGGAAAUGAACACCAUGGUACAUCAGAUGCAAAUAACAAGUCUAAGAGAGUUCUUGGACCUGAGAAACCAUCAUUUUUGAGUGGCGAUACAGAUGGUGAUGCAUGGGUUCCACCUGAAGGGCAAUCAGGCGACGGACGAACAUCCUUGAAUGAUAAAUAUGGCUACUGAAGGGGAUGACUUUAUUCAGCACACCUAUAUGUAAAUGUGUGUGUGUGUAUAGAGGAGGUGCCAUUAGAGCGGAACAUGAUGAACGUUUGUGCCCAUAAAGACAACGUUUGCUGGCCUUCGGUUGAGAAGAAAGCAUUGCCGGUAAAUGUCUCUCGUGGACAUGGAUAUAUGAUGCAAACAAGCUAAAUCUGUAAGGAGUUUGAGGAAAGACACUAGGUUCAAAUGUUAAAACUAGCAAGGCAAUUCUACCACAUAAAGAACAGAAGUAAUUGAAAGCAAUUCCUUGUGGUAGAAGGGGGAAAAAGGCGAUGUCUUGUUUAUCUGUAUAAUAUCUCUGAGGAACCUUUCGAUGAGUAGUAGUUCAAAAGAAACUUGGAUGCCAAACUGCAGCUUUAUAAUUUUUCAUAUUUAUAGUGUUUGGCAUGCAAAAAAUGCAAGGUAUAAUUAUGAACAGUAAAUUUAAAUUAUGUCCUCUCGA